AUGUCUUCAGCCGUUUUCAGCCGCGGCUCUGCCCUCAGCUCUCAUUUCAGCCCAGAUGGCGCUCCGCUGAGUGAGCUGUCCUGGUCGUCGUCCCUGGCUGUGGUGGCCAUCUCCUUCUCAGGCCUCUUCACCUUCGUCUUCCUCAUGCUGGCCUGCCUCUGCUGCAAGAAGGGCAAAAUCGGCUUUAAGGAAUUCAAGAAUGUGGACGGGGAGGAGUAUCAUGCAGAUAUGUCCACCUUGGCCUCGCCGGCCUCCCAGGGCAGCCUGGACGUCUACAUCCUGCCGCUCACCGAGGUGUCCCUGCCGGUCGCCAAGCAACCUGCUCGAUCUGUCCAACUCCUGAAAUCCACAGAUCUCAGCCGCCACAGUCUCCUCUACCUGAAAGAGAUCGGGAAUGGCUGGUUCGGGAAGGUUCUGCUGGGGGAGGUGAACGCAGGCCUGAAUACCACUGAGGUGGUAGUGAAGGAACUGAAAGCCAGUUCUAGCGUGCAGGACCAGAUGCACUUCCUUGAGGAAGCCCAGCCUUACCGUGCUCUCCAGCACCCUGCUCUGCUGCAGUGUUUGGCCCAGUGCACCGAGGUCACUCCAUACCUGCUGGUGAUGGAGUUUUGUCCACUGGGGGAUGUGAAGGGUUACCUCCGAAGCUGCAGGACUGCAGAAACCAUGACCCCAGAACCCUUGAUCCUCCAGCGGAUGGCCUGUGACAUCGCCUCAGGACUCCUGCACCUGCACAAGCACAACUUCACACACAGUGACCUGGCCUUGAGGAACUGCUUGUUGACUGCUGAUGUCUCAGUGAAGAUCGGAGAUUAUGGCCUGUCCCACACUAAGUACAAGGAUGAUUACUAUGUGACAUCAGAUCAGAUGUACGUGCCGCUGCGCUGGAUGGCUCCAGAGCUCGUGGAUGAGGUGCAUGGAAACCUGCUGGUGGCCGACCAGACCCAACAGAGCAACAUCUGGUCUCUGGGUGUGACUAUCUGGGAAUUGUUUGAGCUGGGGAACCAGCCCUACAGACACUACUCUGACAGACAGGUACUCACCUACGCUGUGAGGGAGCAGCAGCUGCGACUGCCCAAGCCGCUGCUCAAAGUGCCCCUGGCUGAGCGCUGGUAUGAGGUGAUGCAGUUCUGCUGGCUCCAGCCUGAUCAGAGACCCAAUGCAGAGGAAGUCCACUUGCUGCUCAGCUACCUGUGUGCCAAGGGGGCCAGUGAGGCAGAGGAGGACUUUGAGAGGCGCUGGAACUCCCUGCGUCCCAAUACUGGAUUCAACAGCCACCGUGGUGCCUCUGUAAUGUCACGAGACCACCCCUCAUCAACCUCCUCUUCGUUCCCUCUCCUUGAGCAGUUCUCAGCAGGUGAUGGCUACCACUCGGAGUCCGGGGACGACAUACUAACAGUCACUGAAACCAGUCAUGGCCUGAACUUUGAGUACAAGUGGGAGCAAGCCAGGGCAGACCAGUCCUACAGAGCCCCAGACUCCUCUAGUACCCUGGGUCAGGUCAGCCAUCAUUGUCAGGAAGCAUUUUACCCACCAGGGGGCAUUGUGGGAGGCUGCCCUCUGGAGAGCCUCAGCCAUGGAGUUUCUCCUUCUUACUACCAACCAAAACAUCUACAUGCUCCCGGCGUACUUCCUGUCCUCAGUGCCCAUAGCCCCUCAGUAAGCAGUGAAUACUACAUCCGCAUUGAAGAGCCAGUGGAUUGUAACAUUGACCUGGACUAUACCAUGUGCUCCUACAGCCCAGACUAUCAGGGCAGCAGUGGGAGCUUCCUUACUGGGAGUGCAGACUCAGGUGAGUGCAUGGCCUGCCCAUCCCAGGCUAAGAACAUGGGUCCCUAUUGGUCAGCAGACAUCCAUAAGUCAGAUGUGUACGACUCAAAUGACUCAAGUCCUGCGAUCUCCCUCACAAUGGAGCCUCUUUUAGGGCAGGUGUCAGACAGCAGCCCUCUACGACCCUGGGAGUCGAGUCACUAUGUGUCCUAUAAAGACAGAGAUGGGGGUUACUACUAUGAGCACUCACCGCCUUUGGGAAUAGAUCGCUAUCUGAUUGGCAGUGAACACUCUAGUGAGCACCAUCAGGAGAGCUGGGGGUCAAGGAGCUUGCGUCAGGCCUUGGGUGAGUUGGAGAACCCGCUCGGUAUAUCCCCCUCUGUGAACAGCCCACCUCAACAGGCCUACAGAGACACAUACCUGGACACAAGUCAGACCUCCAUCAUAGGAAAGAACGUAACCGGGGGCUACUACGACAUGAUGGGCUCCCUGAGGAAGACUAUGCCCAGCCACACCAGGCACAGCAGCCACUCUAUCAGUAUCAACAUGGAGACAGAGGGGGCGCUCUUCAUUGGACACAGAGACACUGAUUCAGAGGAGGAAGAAGAGGACAUCUUUGUUGAGAGACACACCUGCAACACUUGGCCUUCGAAACACCGCCAAAGCAGCGUGGGUCACCCCAGGCGGGCGAGCCACAGCUGCAGACAGGACGCUUAUGUAGAUUUCCACUACACAAUGCCAAGUACAGACAUCGAAGACUCCUGGCCGGAGGAGCACAGCCUGGCCUACCACUCUCUACCCAAACCCAUUGACUAUCUUGAGCCCCACCAGGCCAAAGACAAUAGUGCCUGCCUCAGUCUGAGUAAACACCAUGCAAUGGUGCCUUCAGACAACUGCAGUGCCUACAUCUACCUGUGCCAUGAGGGCGAGACUCAGGUGCCAGCAUCUGGAGAUUGCUGCCACUCGCACUUUGUUGACCCACUCACCGGCUUGCUAGUCAGAAACAACAGCUACAGUCACAGCUACAGUCACAGCAACUACAUCAGAGAUAAGAUCAUUGACAUCCCGAGCAAUGAGGAGAUGAUCAAUCUGUCACCAGCUCCAGGGGGUCCCAUUGUGCCCAAACCCACCUUGAUUAAGACUGAGGACUGUGGAGAGCAGUAUGUUGACCUUACAACUAAUGACACCCCAUUCAAGGAGAAGGGGGAGGAUGUAAUCAAGGAAAAUGUAAUCAUGCAAAAACCACCAGAGCCUAAAAUAGAGGAGGUGACCCUGACAAUGACUAAAGCCACUCCGCCUCCUUCUGACAACACGCAUGUGAUGGUGGUCCUCACAGAUCCACAGUCAGACCUGAGUCAGACUGGAGACAGCGGUGUCGACAGAGGCAGCUCCAGCGUUUGCCUCGCUGACAUCCUCGACUGCAGUGACGACGAUGAGGACGAAGACAUCACAGACGACAUCACAGACGUUACCUCGGGCAUCUUCGCCGACGAGUCCAGCGAGCUGAACGCUUCUCCUGCCUUCAAGUCGCUACAGAAGCAGAUAGGAACUCCUGAUUCCAUGGACUCCAUGGAUCUACCAUCUGCAGCUGGCUCUUGUGAAGGCUUCAGCCCUGCAUCCUCCCAUCCUUCCAGCUCUCCUAAAGCUAUGGACAGCGGCUAUGACACAGAAAAUAAUGAGAGCCCUGAGUUUGUACCCAAAGAGCCUCAUGAACUGCGUGAACAACCUCUGGGGAAGCCUCACCUUGAUACAAGGCUGGAGGAGGACGAGGUGCUGGAGGAGCGGGGAGCCGAGGCUGAAGUGGUGCCCACAGAGGGUGAAGCAUCACUGGGUGAAGAUUUGGCCUCAGAGGCCUCACAGACAGGUGACUACAUCUUUUCACCACUAAGUGAUGAGACCCCAUACAGAGACUCUGCUUACUUCUCAGACUAUGAGAAUGAAAGGCAGUCGAGGGAUGAAGGGGAAGAACUGUCAGAGAGAGUAAGAGAUGAAGAAAAUGCUGAAAAAGAACAGCAAAGGGAAGAAAAGAAGGGCGAGAAAAGGAAGAGUGAAGAGGAGGAAGAACUUGAGGACCCUGCUGCAUACAUGACAGAAGAGUGUGGACAGGAUGAGGAGUUGGGGCUACCUCCAGAGCCGUCUGACACUGCUUCAAUAACAGAGGGAGGACUGGAUGAAUGGCCAUCCCAAGAGGAGAGCUCAUCUCUAGGGGACUGGGCAGCAGAGGUGGUGGGGGCCAUGGAAGAAGCCCUCGGUGCCCUGAAUGGAGAUUGUACCUCCAACAUCAAGGUGGAGGAGGUGGAGGAGGAAACGGAGGUCAUGAAAGACUCCGAAGCAACAGAAGAGCCAGCGAUCAAGACAAUUCAAAACAGGACAUCAGGGACAUCCGGAGAAAUCCUGCACACUUUACCCAAAGACGAGGUGGCUUUGCAGCACACAGCAAACACCAGACGGUUUUCUUCUUCCUCUCCUCCACCUCCAUCCACCCCUCCCCCUCCGCUCCCUGCGACGGAGGGCCGAGGAUCUCCAGCUGACGGGGAAGAGGCCGACGAGGAGGACGGCGACACCGAUGACAGCGACGAGUCGGACGAGGAGCUGCGGAGCUACAGCGUGCAGGAACAGAGUGGCGGGGAGGAGAGCGAGGAUGAGUGUCACCCGGUGCCCAUCGUGGUGAGCGACGACAGCGAAGCACACAAACUGCGCAGCCUCCUGAAGAUGCCGACCCUGCUGACAGCAGAGAGCCUGGAGGAGGAGCUCGAACGCAAGAAGAAGACGGUGUCUUUCUUUGACGACGUCACCGUCUAUCUGUUCGAUCAGGAAAGCCCAACUAAAGAGCUGGCUGAGCACGGCUUCCCUUUAGGAGCAGAGGGUCAAAAUUCACAGAACAAAUCCCACGAGAGGGUUAAUGCCUCAGAUGACUCCUCUGAUGGGAACAUCUCAGAGGAGAGUGCAGGGUAUGAGUGGGAGGAUGACUUCCCCCUGCUGCCUCUACCAACAUCCUCAGCGGCAGCGGACUCCCCGCCCACCCACUCCAUCCCCAAGGCCCCAGAUGCCAAACCAGCCGUGCAGUUCUCCCGCUUCACCGUCUCCCCCUCCAACGUGUCCCGUUUCUCCAUCACUCACAUCUCUGACUCUGAUAUGGACUCAGCAGGAGGAAGCAGCGAGGACGGGGAGAAAGAGUAACGAGCUGUGGAUAUUUACUGCCUCUCUUUGACAACAACUUGGCCUACUAGCAUGACUUCUGAUUUAUUUUUAAACGUCAGGUUUUAGAAACACAAGACAGUGCCUCUUAUCGCCUGUGGACACUUUUGAGAAAGUCUGUCUUACCCACGAUGUAGGACUGACCUAAGCUGUUUAGAAUACUGAAAAGAGUAUGGUUAAUAUAUAAACAUUUACAGAAUAUUAAUAUAUACUAUGUAUGAUGUAAAGAAUCUAUGAAAGCAGGGGGGACGUGUGUGUUGAAUUCUGCAUAUUUUUCAGAUUUAAGAGACAAAAUGGAAGGACGAGCCUCUGGAAAGCAUCACAUCUGCCACCUCUUUCACUUCUUAAUUUAUGAUAGGGAGUAAUGAUGAGAGUGUGGAACCACCUGGACUGGAGAAACAGGACAGUUCAAGUAUCACUGAGUAAAAGACAACGUCAACUUUUUGGCUUUUUAGACAAAGGAUCAGCACUUUGAACAAGACUGUACAGCUCCACAGACUUUGUACUUUUUUGGAAACUGCUUUACUUGUCUUAAUGAAUAUCAAUGAUAAUUCUUGAGGUAUCACAAGUAAUAUAAUGUUAAUAUUUGGGUUUAUUCAGAGACAAAGAACAUGUUAGUGUGAAAGAAGGGAGCAGAGGGAAUUUUGAUGGCUCCUGUCUGGUUACAGAAUGUUUUUUUUUGUGGAAGCAGCUGAUCGAACCUGGACAACCUGAUAUUUUGUGACUUUCUUUUCUUUCUUAUUUUGUAUAAGGAUCACAACUGUACUGUUUUACAUGAAUAUGUGGCUCAUUCUCUGUGCUAGCACCACCAUCACAACCAACCCCUCUUUGUCGUAUAUCAGGCACUGCAUUGUCUCUACGGUAACAAGACGUGAAGGAAGUAGUUUAAAGAUAUUGCAAUGCAUGGUUUCAAGUAACUAGAAAACAGUAUAAAGAUGUAUUGCUUAGAUACAAAUGGGGACGUUUCCUGUUGUUUUCUGUUUUGGAGUAGAAGCAUAUGGUCAUGGAAAUCCAUUUUCAUGUUGCAGGUCCAAAACACAUUGAUAGCAAGAGGAGAUAUUCAGUAUCUGGAUGCUACACAGACAUUAGUUCUCUAAUAAUGACAUGGGCCAAUAGUCACGGGCAAUAUAGACUAAAUUUUCAUCACAGUAUAUGUAAUUCUCUAUUGCAAUAAGGACAUUCUCAAACAAAUCAAUUUACUUCAUCACAUUGAUGCAAAACUCCUGUAAAUCCAAUAUCACCACAAAGCAGCAAUGCUUGUUGAUUUGGAACAAUAUCCACAAGGACUGGUACAAUCACAGACAUUAAAGGAGCUAUUUGUAAGUUUCGCUAUUGCUACAGAGCUAGCAUUAGCAUCAACAGCUGUUUACCAGUCUAGAAGAAACAUGAGUUCAGCAUUCCUUUACUAACCAACAGCUGGUGGAAGGAAACACCAAUGUCACCACUUGUCUCUAUCACGUCUUCUACUGAAGUUAGCAUGCUAACUAGCUAGCCCCGGCCCAUCUCGAUACUUGACGAGAGCGACACACUGUAGCCUCCAAUCUGCCCUGAAGACGUAGCGCUGCUCAGGGGCCGCAUUAUAACCUCUUGUCUUGUGAAUGCAACCAUGGCUGAAGCUCUUCUUAAGCGAGAUUCACCACCACCCGCUCCCGGCAAGAGACCACGCUCGGUGGCAGAAAAAACUCACAAAUAACCCCUGUAAUAACUUUGUAAGUAAUUGUUAAACAUCCAUACUGUAUGUAUUGAAAGAUUGCCCGGGCCUAGAGGCCAGUAUUUCAAAACACAAACAUGCCCAACAGUACUCAAAGGCUGUGAAAGUCUACUUCUGUCUGCACAGAGGUUAAUCUGAACAAACAUGAUUUUGCAUAUGUGAAUCACCACAUUAUACAUCCAGUAUUGCUCAGCUGCAGCCCCAUUUCUACCAUUUUCUGUUUGUAAGAGCAAUGAGAACAAAUGCCUGACUUUACUGUUACUGACACUGUCGCUGUAUAUUAUCUACAAUGAGCUUGUUCGCAGCAGUUUUGUACUAUGGUUUAUUAAGACAAGUUUGAGCACCAGGUUAAAACAAUAAGGGAAUAACUUCAUAGCAUUUAAAGCUUGGAUGAAAUAUUUAAAAACUUGAGCUAUGAUGCUUUCAGGAGGGACAGAUCAGUUCAGUGUCUAGUGUCAAGUCUAAUUUGUCUGAUCAGCUGGUUGAAAGGCACAGACGGGCUGACGUCAUGAUCAUGAAGUGUUACAAUGCUUUGCUUUGUGUGUGUGUAAAUGAAAGGAGGUGACAAGGAAAGGUGUGUGUUGAGCUGUCAGCUCCCGAAGAAGAAGCAGGAUGUCACCUUUCAAAAACGCCCUGUGAUCAACAUGUAGUGUCUUCUGAGUGUUUGUUUGCCUUCCAGGGCUUUAUUAUUCUGUAACAGUUAGCGGCAUAGAUCCUCUAGACGACCGUCCGUUAAUAUUUUUGUAUUUCGACAAAAAUACUUUUAAGAGUAUUGAUGUACUGUACCUGUGAAAGAAGGAAAGUUUGAAAAAAAAAAAAAUUUCUUCUGUUUAUUGUUGCCAAAGAGAUGUUGUGCUGUGGUCCAGGGGCGUAGUGACAGAGAGGAGGAACACGACAGCAGCUUUGGCCUUGAACUGAUCAUUUAAAAAAAAAAAAAAAGAAAAAAUGGAGGCAGGAGUUUUGGUUUGGGAUACUGUCAGUAAUAUGUGCCCCCACACUGACCUGGUCACAUCAUUACUUUCUGUACCUUCUAUCAAAUAUAAA